GUAACUGGCCGGGGGUUCGUUGGCGCCCUCGGUUUGAGAUUCAACUGCGUCGGCCGAUUGUACAACCUGCUACAAACGACCUACUCUCCUCGGUUCCAAGAGAUCCACCACCGACAACGACAACACCGCUGCUCCGUUGCCAUCAUGCACGUGCUCAAACGAGAUGGUCGCCAGGAGGGAGUUACUUUUGAUAAAAUCACCUCUCGCAUUCAGAAGCUUUGCUAUGCACUCAACACUGACUUUGUGGACCCUACCCAGAUCACUAUGAAGGUGAUUCAGGGUCUUUACAGUGGAGUCACCACGGUGGAGCUGGACACUCUGGCAGCAGAGACCGCUGCCACCCUCACCACUAAGCAUCCCGACUACGCGGUCCUGGCUGCACGCAUAGCCGUGUCCAACCUUCACAAGGAGACCAAGAAAGCAUUCAGUGAUGUGAUGGAAGACCUGUACAACUAUGUCAACCCAUUAAAUAAACGCCAUUCUCCCAUGAUCUCCAAGGAGACGCUCGACAUUAUCCUGGAAAACAAGGCUCGCCUCAACUCAGCCAUCAUUUACGAUAGAGACUUCUCUUACAACUUCUUUGGGUUUAAGACUCUUGAGAGGUCGUAUUUGUUGAAGAUUAAUGGAAAAGUCGCGGAGAGACCCCAGCACAUGCUAAUGAGAGUGGCUGUCGGGAUUCAUGAAGGAGACGUCGAUGCAGCCAUUGAGACGUACAACUUGCUGUCAGAGAAGUGGUUCACUCACGCCUCACCAACACUCUUCAAUGCUGGCACCACCAGGCCGCAGCUGUCCAGUUGUUUCUUGCUAUCCAUGAAGGAUGACAGUAUCGAGGGUAUUUACGACACACUGAAACAGUGUGCCCUCAUCUCCAAAUCAGCCGGAGGUAUUGGUUUGGCAGUGAGCUGUAUCAGAUCAACGGGAAGCUACAUUGCUGGGACAAAUGGCAAUUCCAAUGGGAUGGUUCCGAUGCUUCGCGUGUACAACAACACGGCACGUUAUGUUGACCAGGGUGGCAACAAGAGACCCGGGGCCUUUGCCAUCUACCUGGAGCCGUGGCACUUCGAUGUGUUUGACUUCUUGGAGUUGAAGAAGAACACAGGUAAAGAGGAGCAGAGAGCCAGAGACCUGUUCUUUGCAAUGUGGAUCCCAGACCUCUUCAUGAAACGAGUGGAAAGCAAUCAGGACUGGUCUCUGAUGUGCCCCAGUGAAUGUCCCGGGUUAGAGGAGUGCUGGGGAGAGGAAUUCGAGGAGCUCUACACCAGAUACGAGAAGGAGGGCAGGGCCAAGCGUGUGGUGAAGUCUCAGCAGCUGUGGUACGCCAUCAUCGAGUCACAGACAGAAACCGGCACACCAUACAUGCUCUACAAGGACGCCUGCAACCGGAAGAGCAACCAGCAGAAUCUCGGCACCAUCAAAUCCAGCAAUCUGUGCACGGAGAUCGUAGAGUACACCAGCAAAGAUGAGGUCGCAGUGUGUAACCUGGCAUCUAUCGCACUCAACAUGUACGUCACCACCGAAAGGACAUUUGACUUCAAAAAGCUUGCUUCUGUCACCAAAGUCAUCGUUAAAAACCUGAACAAGAUUAUUGAUAUCAACUACUACCCAGUGCCUGAGGCUGAAAGGUCCAACAAGCGCCACAGGCCGAUUGGAAUUGGCGUGCAGGGUCUGGCCGAUGCUUUCAUCCUCAUGCGUUAUCCAUUUGAAAGCCCAGAGGCCCAAUUACUCAACAUCCACAUCUUUGAGACCAUCUACUACGCCGCCCUGGAGGCGAGCUGUGAGCUGGCGGAGGAGCUCGGCACCUACGAAACCUACGCUGGCUCUCCUGUCAGCAAGGGAAUCCUUCAGUACGACAUGUGGGGUAAAGUCCCAACAGAUUUGUGCGACUGGAACUCCUUGAAGGAGAAAAUUGCCAUGCACGGCGUAAGGAACAGUCUGCUCUUGGCCCCCAUGCCUACAGCGUCCACUGCCCAGAUCUUAGGCAACAAUGAGUCCAUAGAGCCAUACACCAGCAACAUCUACACCCGCAGAGUGCUCUCAGGAGAGUUUCAGAUCGUGAAUCCUCACCUGCUGAAGGACCUCACAGAAAGAGGACUGUGGAGUGAUGAAAUGAAGAACCAGCUGAUUGCUCAGAACGGGUCCAUUCAGGAUAUUGAAGAGAUUUCAGAUGACCUGAAGCAGCUGUAUAAAACCGUGUGGGAAAUCUCCCAGAAGACUGUCCUCAAGAUGGCAGCAGAUCGCGGCGCCUACAUCGACCAGAGCCAGUCACUUAACAUCCACAUUGCUGAGCCAAACUAUGGCAAACUGACCAGCAUGCACUUCUAUGGUUGGAAGUUGGGCCUGAAAACUGGCAUGUAUUACCUGCGGACGAAGCCGGCUGCCAACCCCAUUCAAUUCACCCUGAACAAGGAGAAAUUAAAGGAGGCCCAAUCGGCCAACGGUGCGGAGGAGGACAACAAGGAGCGCAACACCGCUGCCAUGGUUUGUUCCUUAGCGAACAAAGACGAAUGCCUGAUGUGUGGCUCCUAAGUGAAGCGUUCCCUCAUGCAAGCACAACUUCUCCUUAACCACGAGUUUCCCCCAUUUAUGAUGUAUGUUUUUUUUAAAUACCUCUACCUUUGUAUUUGUAUAUGAACAUGUACAUGUGUUUAUGCCACUGUCUUCAAAUCAUUGCAGUCUUUAUUUAAUAUUUGCUGUUUUUUUCAUAACGAGGUGAAUGUUGUAUGUAUAGAAUCUACAGGAUCCAAUGAAUUAGUCACCCGUAUUAUUAUUAUUUUUUUAAAUGAAUAUAGUUUUGUAAUAAGUGGGUCACAUUAAUAAACUCCAUGAUGCUCUGUA